AUUUGAAUGAUCAGCUGUUGGAAACGACCUUGAAAACCGCAUAAAUGGUUCAAAAUAAUGUUAGUUUAGUCAAUUUCUAUAUUUAAUCUUAGCAAUUACAAAUUUGUCCAUAGAAUUCAUUUUCUUUUCGAAAAUAGGAUCAACAGGAGAUUACUGUAUGUUUUGUUGUAUGUCAAAAGGUCGUUUCCUAAAUCAGAAGGUAUUCCAAAGUAAAUUCUAACCUUCCUGUAAAAUGUCCAUAAAUGAGUCUGAUCCAUCUGAAACAGCGGUGAUCAAAGAAAUUUACGAUAGUGAGAAUGCUCAUGAAGCCUUUGUUGAUGAAUUAGAACGUGCAUUAGAAUCAGGCUGUAAAUUUAUUAUAAUUGAACCUCCCAGAUUGGGAGAUGAAACUGCAAGGUGGAUAGCAGUUGGAAACUGUUUACAUAAAACUGCGGUGAUUUCAGGCGUGAGUGCAAUUAUUUGUGGUUUUAUCUGGCCAAAAUACCCCUACUCCUAUAUGCCUUUUGGUGUAAUAUCCUUUUUUACAACUGGCCUUUACACAGUUUCAUGGCAGUUUGAUCCUUGUGUUAAGUAUCAAGUUUAUACUGAUUCACAAAGACUGGCUAGACUACCCUUCUUUAAUACUAUUACUUCAGCUUCUCCAACAGUUCUGGUUAGAAAAGAUGAUAGGAACCGUAAGAUCCUUCAUUGUACAGUAAUGUUAGCUUCGAGUAUUCUUUGUGCAUGGAGACUUUGUAAAUUGUUUAAUAACUGACAGCACUGUCUUAUCAAAUCCUAGUUCUAAAUGUACCGUAAUUCCAUUCUAGAAUAGGUGAGAUAUCUUGGCAAGACUAUCUGUUUUUAUUGUAAGCAACUCUUUAUUUUGUUGUAAACAGAACAUAUUUGUGUUAUUUAACCACUUAUGUCUCCCUCUUUAUUCAAUAUUUUUUUAAUUAAAAUUCAAUUGGUCGAUCCAUGACAAGUUUUUACUGGAUUAAUCUAAUGUUUUAUAAAACACUUAUUGUAAAUAUGUUUUG